AUGUGGCACAAAGUGUUUGAUCCUCAAGCUCCCUCAGCGGUCCCAGUUCCGCCGGCUCAUCAGACGCGAAUCGAACAUUCUCAGGUGUAUCCAGCGCCGACGUCUCCGCCUUCCUCGCCUCCUCAGAUCACUCCCCUUUCUCUGACGAAACAGAACGAAGAUCGUCCACCCGUUAUAACGCAUUCAGUCAUCUUCCAUGACGAGCGGAAAGGGGCUUUCCAGGCCGUUCGAGCCUCGAAACUCAUGGGGUCGCUCCACAUACCAGUUGUGCCUGCUGUACAAAUGCCAUCGGUUAUCAUUCCAUUGAAUUCAACCGUGGGAGCCUCGACGGCUCCCUCUAAUUUGGCCCCGCUCUCGGUUCCAGAAGCGGCAGCUGAAGAGCCGCUCGCUGCCCCGGUCCACACAGUGCACCGCCCCACUCCCACCAGGGUGGUUGGGAUGGCCGGUCCGUCGAAUUCGUCGAAUGUCCCUCCCUCCCAGCUGAUCGCGCGCCGAAUGCGGGCAGGCGCAACUUUGACAGGGUCUUUCACCCGAAAGCCAUGUCCUUAUUGUGUGAACAAGAGUUUUCCUUCGUAUAAGGAUUUAGAGCGUCAUCUGCGAACGCACACUGGAGAGCGGCCGUAUCCUUGCAAUCUCUGCGAUUAUCGGUUUUCGAUCGCGAGCAAUUUUUACAGAAUUCAUAUGCGAAGCCAUACUGGAGAAAGACCCUACCGCUGUCUCUUGUGCCAGAAACCGUUCCCGUCCGGUGCCCACCUGAGAAUUCAUCUGCGGAUCCAUACUGGCGAGCGGCCGUACAGUUGCCCGCACUGCGACUAUCGAGCGAAACAAAGUGGCCAUCUGAAGAACCACCUAAUUCGCACGCAUCCGGAGAAGCCGAUUGUCGUCACAAGGAGUGAUGAGAACUAUGUGCAGGCGCUACGCUUUUCGUUCAGAACUCGGGACUCGGAUAAGCAGAAGGAAAACCUGGAGCGAGGUGAACGACCUGUUUGUUCGAUCUGCGGAAAGGACUUCUCCACAACGUGGCAUAUGCGAGUACACAUGCGGGGUCACACCAAUGAAAGACCGUAUCCUUGCACGAUCUGCGAGAAAGCCUUUACUCAGAAAGGCAACCUCAAGGCUCACAUGCAACGACACCACAAGAAUUUUCGACCCUCCACGUGA